AUGCGUUGCACAGCCUUCAUCGCCGUUGCUGCGUUCUCCAGCGCAGUCUUCGCUGCUGCCAACCCUCAAGAUGACGUUGCGUCCAUCCUCGAGGCUCUUCGUGCGAACAACCCGGAAGAUGCUGAUGCCGCUGCUGCGGCCAUGAAGGUCAAGCUUCGCCGUCAGGACGAUUUGGACUCUAUCCUCGCCGCCCUGGAGGCCAACAACCCCGACGAUGCUGCCGCUGCUAAGCAGGCCUCGUCUUCAUCUGCCACCAAGCGCCAGGACGACUUGGCUUCCAUUUUGGCCGCACUUGAGGCCAAUAACCCUGACGACGCCGCGGCUGCUAAGCAGGCUGCACCAUCCUCUACUGCCACCGCCACUCCUGUUUCUAAGCGUCAGGACGAUGUGGCUUCCAUCCUCGCAGCACUCGAGCAAAACAGCCCCGACGAUGCCGCGGCUGCGCGCCAGAACAUCCAGAAGCGUCAAGACGACGUUGCGUCUAUCCUUGCAGCACUCGCACAGAACAACCCGGAUGAUGCCCAGGCAGCUCAGAGCCUUGGAAAGCGAUGGAUUGCCUAG